AUGUUGCUCCUUGACGGAAUUUCUUCCUGGCUCAAAUUCAAGUUGAUUCUGUAUCACCAAGCAAGCGAUUGGCCCGAAUUAUGCCAAAAAGGAAAGAAGCAGUCGCCCAUCGCCGUGUGUAAGGACAAGUCCAAAAGCGCGGAUAUACCCCCGUUGGAGUUUUAUUAUUACAACAACCGGUACAAUGCUUGCGUAGAAAAUAGUGGACAUACAGUAUCUAUAAGAAUCAACGAAGACGACCAAUGUGAAAUACCAACAAUAACAGGUGGACAUUUAAAUGGUGAAUUUAUUCUAGACAACAUUCAUUUCCACUGGGAAUCGGAACACACACUCAACGGCAAAAGAUAUCCAUUAGAGGCCCACUUAGUGCAUUUCAACAAAAAAUGUGAAUCGUUUGAUAGUGCCCUGAAACAUCCCGANCUCCCUAUAAGCUGUCUGAUAGUUGCAGACUGCUACAAUCGUAAAUUGGAUAACCUAAUUGUAGCUACUGAAAAAAUAGCAUGCAACGUUAAAACGCCGACACAAAUAAAGGACGGUGUGAUAGUUAAUCACUUUUUACCGAAGAACAGGCGCAAGUUCUAUACGUACGAGGGUUCACUGACAACCCCCGGUUGCAACGAAAACGUGAAGUGGAUAAUUUUCGAAGAUGUACUACUUAUUAAUCAAGAUCAGUUAAACAGACUGACAAAGAUAGACACAGAAGAAGGAGAACCGCUUAAAGAAAACGCUAGGUCAAUUCAAGAAGACAACCAAAGAGAAGUCCAGUAUUCAUCAGACACACUGAGCGCUACGUCUAUAAAGAACUUCAUAAAAGAAAAGCUAGGAAUAAGGGGCUAAACUUGUUUUGUGUGCAUGUGAAAUAAAAACUGUCAUAAUCUUUGUCUUGUAUUUCGUCUUUAAUACUAACACAUAUUCCUACAUCUUAUAAACUUAAAAAAAUAUAUUUCUUCACUUUGAGAACAGAUGCCGGGAGGCCUAAAUAUAAUAUGAAAUCAUGUGUCAGUUGUAAUAAUUUCACACUUUGACAAGAAAAUCCUUUCUCUGCUAAGGAAAACUAUGCUACAGCACAUGCUCGUCUUUUACAAACGAUAGGCCUUAUAUCAAUUCAGUAAUGUUUGCAUAAAGUUUACAGCUAGUUAGUAAAUCACAUCAAAUGUAUAAAAAUACUUAUAACUUACGACGAUAUCCACAACAUUAAUUAAAUACUGCUGAAAUCGAAAAUCUAUUUAUCUUUUGCAAUGUUCAAGUUGCGAUUUCCUUAAAAAUCGUAAGGACUAGGAAAAAACUAAUGCCGCAACUUCCUGCAUUGCAGUUAUAAAAUGUAAAAUAAUAAGUGUAAAUAAAAAGUUAAAAACAUU